GGAGAAGAUGAGGAUGUGUUGCCUGUGCACAAUUGGAGACAGCAGGGAGUGAAGCAGCAUCCGUACGAGGCUGAGGGAAGGAAACUGCAUGGAAUGGAGGAGUGUUACAGCAGCACCACCGCUGUCAUCACCCCAUCCCCACCACUCUGGACUGUGUGUUAAUGACAGAGACUCAUUGCAGGUCUGGAAUGCCCGAGGGACCAGCUGUGUGGAUCCAGUGCCUUCUCUGAGAUGAUGCUGAGAGCAGGAGGGGCAGCCAGCUCUCGCACACUGCUGCUGCUGCUACUGUCGUUGCUGUCCUGUAACCACCUGUGCCACUCACUGCGGGUUCCAAAACUCUCCUCCUAUGCAAAAGCAGAGGACAAACUGUUCAAAUACCUCUUUGGAAACUACCAGAAAUGGGUUCGUCCAGUGGAAUACCUAAACCAGACCAUCUGUGUGAAGUUUGGACUGGCUAUAUCCCAGCUGGUUGAUGUGGAUGAGAAAAACCAGUUAAUGACAACCAACGUGUGGAUGAAACAGGAAUGGACUGAUAUGAAGCUCAGAUGGGACCCAGACGACUAUUUGGGCAUCACAACCAUCCGAGUUCCCUCUGAUAGGAUUUGGCUCCCUGACGUUGUUCUGUAUGAUAACUCAGAUGGACGUUUUGAGGGAACGGUCACUAAGGCUGUUGUUAAGUUUGAUGGAACCAUAACCUGGACACCACCAGCCAAUUACAAGUCAGCCUGCACCAUUGAUGUGACCUUCUUCCCCUUUGACCUCCAGAACUGCUCAAUGAAGUUUGGUUCCUGGACCUAUGAUGGUUCCCAGGUGGACAUUAUUCUGGAGGACUUCCAUGUGGACAAACAGGACUAUUUUGACAAUGGUGAAUGGGAGAUAGUCAAAGCUACUGGUAGUCGUGGUUUGAGGAGAGAUGGCAGUUCAUCCUAUCCCACCAUCACCUACUUCUUCAUUAUCCGCAGACUCCCUCUGUUCUACACCCUUUUCCUCAUCAUCCCCUGCAUUGGAUUGUCCUUCCUCACCAUCCUUGUCUUCUAUUUACCCUCCAACGGCGGUGAGAAGAUCUCCUUGUGCACCUCAGUGCUGGUGUCUCUCACUGUUUUCCUCCUGGUCAUUGAAGAAAUCAUCCCCUCUUCGUCCAAGGCCAUCCCUCUUAUCGGGGAGUACCUCGUCUUUACCAUGAUCUUUGUCACGCUCUCUAUCAUCAUCACUGUCUUCGCCAUCAACAUCCACCAUCGCUCCUCUUCGACACAUCAUGGCAUGGCCCCGUGGGUGAGGAGGAUUUUCCUGCAUCGACUACCUAAGCUGUUGUGCAUGCGCAGCCAUGUGGACCGCUACGCCGCUACUGGGGUGGCUGGGACAGUAGGACUGGGAAUGAUGAAAGAUUCAUCACCUGAACUCACCCCUCUACUCAACACCAGACAUAACCUACAAGCAGCGCUGGAUUCGAUUCGCUACAUUACCAUGCAUGUGGUUAAAGAAAAUGAGGUCAGAGAGGUGGUACAAAACUGGAAGUAUGUUGCCCAGGUUCUGGACCGAAUGUUUCUGUGGGCCUUCCUCCUGGUAUCGAUACUUGGCUCCGCUCUCCUUUUCAUCCCAGUUAUUUACAAAUGGGCCAGUAUUAUCGUCCCUAACCACUAUCCUGGAAGUAUCCUCUAAACACUGCCUUUUAUGUUACCACAAAUGAUGGAAAAGCACAUUAAGAGCUCAUUAUGGGUCUCACUUGAGAGUAAGAUUAUUUCAGAGAUAUAUGGUCCAGUUCUUCUUGUUAUCCACAUUCAGGUCAGGGAUCAGCCUGCAGAUUUUGGGGACUAUUUUGCCCAUUAUGGAUGCAUCUCACAAUGACAUCUUAUUUAUUUAUUUUUUUUCCCCCUGUACCUUUUUGAUGACUGAAAACACCCAGUAUGUGUUACAUAUAAUAAAAACUUCUACAUUCAGAAA